AUGUAACAAUACACAAACACUUACGAGUCAGUAGUCAGAACUUAGGUAGUUAGUGGACAGGAUCAAAAACCACUCAAUUUGGGAUUAACAGAUGUCGAAGGAGCAAAGGCUGUUGCUAGAAGACUCUUUGAUACUUAUGACAGAGACAGAAAUGGAUAGAUUGAUAAUGUAGAAGUAGUACCAAUGAUUGUUGACGUCUAUAAGUCAUUCAAUAGAAUCUUCUCUCCUGCCAGAGGAGACAUUGAUUCAUUUUAUAAGGUUUUGGAUAGAAAUUCAGAUGGUAAAAUCACUUAUCAAGACCUUGAGGAUUUAUGCAUAAGAUAUUUGACUAAUUAAACACCAACAAAUUUGAGAGCUUCUGAAGCACCUCGUUAAAGUGGAAUCCAAUAACCAUCAUAAACAGUCACAUCAUCAUAUAGAAGAACUCAGUAUUGAUUGUGAUUCAUUAUUAAGAUAAAUUCAGAUUAUUCAUAAAUUACAUAA